GUCAAAGGAGCAUGGUCUAAAGCCGAAGACGAUCGUCUCCUCCGCCUAGUCCGUCAGCACGGCGCUGAACGCUGGGUUGUCAUCGCUCAGCACAUGGGCUCUCGCAGUGGCAAGCAGUGCCGCGAGCGCUGGCACAAUCACGUGGAUCCGUCCAUCACGCGUCGACCCUUCACGCCAGAGGAGGAUGCCAUCAUUUUGUCCCUUUACAACACCAUCGGCAGCAAGUGGGCCGAAAUGAGCAAACGUCUCAAGGGCAGGCCAGACAACUCCAUCAAAAAUCACUUUAACACGACAUUGUCUCGAAGA